AUGGCUCCUCCUCUAGAGGAGAAUUUAGAUUUUCCGUUGGCCCGGUUCAGUGAUAUUCCAAAUGAGGCUCUUCUACAGAUGUUUUCGCGUUUCGGGACGAUGUACAGGUGGCAUUCACAAGAGAAUGAGAACAUAUUUGAUGCAUUCAAGUGUGUCGUCAAGGAUAGAUACAGAGAUAGGAUGAAAGGUAUCAGGAGACAAUCUGCCAACAUUGCACGAAAUGAUGGGAAACCCCUCCCCCCAAAUUUUUGUAGCUACUAUGAUGGGAUGCAUAACUACCGCCCCGAACGCGUACCGGAGACUGUGUGGCAACGUUUGUGUCAUGUUCUUAGGGUUUUAGGUUCAACAAUACGGAUAUGGGUUUUUAUGAUUCAAUUGUUGAUGGUAUCAGUUUCUUUGAUAAACAAGUGGUUAUCCUUAAUUUUAUGUACAAAAGCUUCUAAUUUGCUGAAGAAUCUAUCACUUGAUUCGCAAGCUAAGACUACAGAAAUUCCUGAGCCCACUAAGAAGGUCAGAUAUUUUCAUCAUAUGUCUUCUAUGGAUGCUGGGAAUGGUCUGGUUUAA